AUGUUUGAUAUGGACUCCUGUUCUGAUUCUGAAGAUGAAUUAGAAGUGAACUUGGAUGUUGACAGUAUGGUUGAGAAAAAUGAUAAUCAUUCCACGUUGGUGACAGGACUUAAGAAAUCUAUAAAGAAACGAUUGAUGCACUAUGAGGAGAGAAGAGUAUAUGUGCUGGCAACAAUUCUAGACCCACGGUUUAAGCUCGAUUGGUACAGAGAUGAAGAAGAAAGGGCACUCAGAAAGACUCCAAAAGACUACCAAAAGCAGCACAACCCAAAGAAGUUAAUCAUGGUGAAGAAGCCUAUGCCGGAAGAGAGUUCAGAAUCUUUCCCUUUGAUGAGGACCCCCCCAAUCCCUUGCCCUGUAGUGGGGCCUCUCCUAAGAAGUCUACAUGGUUUGCAUAAUGAAUAUUUGCUAUUCUUACUACCAUUUAAUGAGUCUAGAGGCAGCCGUAACACAGAUUUGGAGGAAGCAAUCCCAAAGAGUGGAAACAAUGAAUUUGAGGACACCUCACAGACUGUCAACACUGAGGACCAAAUAGCCACUGAGGACCAAGCAGACACUUCUAUUAACGAAAUUGCACAAGAGGACCAUGGCCAAUCAUUCCAAACACCAAGAAAUCCUCCUAAACGUGCCCGGAAGAGUGAAGACUCCCCUGUCAAUGAAGCUGUAAACUGCCUGAAAUCUCUCACACAUAUUGUUUCUGGAAAAGAUGAGAAUUCAGCAUUCGGGGAUUUCGUCGCAAAUAAAAUGAAAACCUGUAAGAGGCCCCGGGUGGAGAUUUCUUUAGCUCAGCGUUAUAUUAAUGAUAUAUUAUUUCGAUUGGACAUGGGACUGCUAUCUACUGAUAUUCAAUCUAUGUACAAGUCACAUACAUAUCCCACCUCUAUCCCAUCACAUUCCCCCUUGCCACACUCUCCACAUUUCAGUGGUCAUUCAUCUCCUAUUCAACCUUGUUCACCAGUUCCUACAGUUUCUGCAUCACCUGUUCCACCUCAACAAUCACAUUUCAGUGGUCAUUCAUCUCCUAUUCAACCUUGUUCACCAGUUCCUACAGUUUCUGCAUCACCUGUUCCACCUCAACAAUCACAUUUCAGUGGUCAUUCAUCUCCUAUUCAACCUUGCUCACCAGUUCCUACAGUUUCUGCAUCACCUGUUCCACCUCAACAAUCACAGUCACUAGCUGGAACACUCAAUAACCCCUUCGAUUUCUUGGAAUUGUAGUAUGGACAAUAAUCAAAAGUUUAAUAGGUAAUUACUAUAAUAAUGACAGAAAAAUAUCAUUUCCUUUAUGAAGAUCAAUGUUAGCAAAUAAGUCUGUGGUUUAUUUCAUUAAACAGGAAUGUACUGUAUUUUAUCAUGCAGUUGAUAUUUAAAGAAUUUUCAAAUUUGAUUUCCUUAUUUUCAUGUGUUUAUCACUAUGUUUUAGGAGUAUAUUUCCCAUAUAUUUUUUUUUAUUAUGUUAUUAUUAGCGUACAUUUUCUUACUGUACACGAACAAGGAAUCUGAAUAUCUUAAUUUGUUUGAAAGCACAGCACUAAUAAAAUUUAAAGUCAAAAUUCGUUGUAUAUACAUACCUUUACAUAUUGUUUCAG